CUGGAGCAGAUCCUGCUGGGCCGUAUUCAGGUCCCGGAUGAUGAGGAGGAGGAUGACGGCCCUGAGGAGACCCCCGCCGCCGCCCCCGCCCCUGCCGCCGCCCCCGCCGCCCCCGCCGCCGCCGCUGCGCCGCUGGCCCAGGCGGCCGCCGCGGCGCCGGUGGCGGCACUGGCUGGGAAGAAGGGAGAUAUGGAUAGUGGAAUGGACUCGGGUCUGGGGAUCACCCAGGAGCUCAGCUCCGCCUGUGACGUCACCGGGCCCAUCAGCGACGCUGAGGGUACCGGUCUGCCUGGUCCCGCCGUUCGUCAGCUGAGCGCCCUGCUGGACGGAGACAGCGGGCCCUGGCGGACGGUGGCCGAACUACUGGAGCUAGAUGUCACCACUGUGCAGCGCCAGGCCAGCCCCACCGUCUACAUACUGCGCUGUGUCAAGAAAUACAGCAAUCUCUCUCUGGAGUACCUGGGACAAGUUCUGGGGUCGCUGGGACUGGCUGAGGCGCAGACGGUGGUCAUGAACCAUGUGCGUCAGUGAACGGGCACCUGAUUGGUCGACUUAGAGCCAAGUCGCGUGCUGAUUGGUCAACGUGGAACAUCGGACGUCCCGAUUGGUCAACUUACGGCCAACUCGCGAACUGAUUGGCUAACUUAAAGUGAACUCGCGUCCUGAUGGUCCGCUGCCGACCAUUUCGCAUCCUGUUUGGUGUAGACACGCGCACUGCGCUUUAAGAAACUUUAACAUGGCGUGUUACCAUUGGCGGAAGACUGCGCGUCUCGGAGAUCGUGAUUGGUGUAAAGCGGGCCCACAGCGAGCCGGGCCGUGAUUGGUAGAUACCUGAGAGACCAGUUCUGAACGGCACAGGCCGCAGCGUGCUGAUUGGUCGACAUAAUGACGCGUGCUGGUUGGUUGAAGCGCUCUCGAGCGUCCUUCUGAUUGGCUGUUUCAGAUUCGACGUUACCUAGCCUCUGCGCGGGGUUCUUAUGUCGCAGGUAAGAUGUGCUGGUAUGUGAGACGAUGUCAAUCCGUAUAUCUGUGCUUAUUGUGCGUGUAAAUGUCGCUAUUUUCAUAUGCCCAUGGUUAGUUAGAUAAGGCUCAGCUGCACAGAUUUAACAGGGGUGUCCGAUGGGUACUGCACUGCAGAUAAAUCACUAGCGGUUCUGCUCCCAGUCAUCCUAUGACGUCAUACAUGACGUCACAUCCAUCGCCCCGCCCCCGUGUGUGACGUCAUGACUGUGAGUUGGAUGUAGCUGCUAAAAUCAAACGCUGUAGUUAGCUGUGCCGACAGAAGAGGUGUUUAGUUCAGUUGUGUCUAGGUUUAAGGCUCGCUGUAUUGGGUGCAAGCGAGGGAUGGGGGGGGGGGGGAGGAAGGGACAACAUCGGGAUAAGGUCCGGAAAGCUGGAUUUGGGGUGGGGGGGCUUUUUUCGGCAUUUUCUUUGGGGGCGGGGUGAAGAGGAGAGCCAGUUGUAUUCGCUUUUGCCGACGUUUACCAAUCGUUUGCCGAGUUCAAACCGCUUCGGCGGUCCCGCGUUAGCUCCUUGUAGCUCCCGCUUUAGCCCACGGUUGGCUCCUUGUAGCUCCCGCUGUGGCCCACGGUUGGCUCCAUUGCCUCGCGCUGCACUUUGUAGCUCGUGUUGGCUCAUUGUAGCCACCGCUAUGGCUCGCGGUUAGCUCGCUGCUGGCUCGCUGUAGCUCCCGCUCUGGCUCGCGGUAAGCGCCGCUGCGCGGGGGCUCUCAAACCAUUCGGUUGGUCUGUGUGUGUGAUUUGAGGGCCUCUGGCGCCCGCCCGCGGUAUGUGCUGAUACUAUGUGUUGGGCCUGUGACGUCAGCAGGACUGGUGACGUCACAGAUGCUGAUGUAAUCGUUAGAAUAGUCAAUAAAAAUAUACUUUUAAA